AUGUUUUUACAUGAAAGUUUACAAAAACAAAAUGAAGAAAUAAUAAAUGAAAAUUUUAAAGAAAAAUCUAAAGAAAUAUUAUUAAAUGAUUUAUUUAAAGUUGAGAAUGUUGAUUCAGGCUCUAGUAAUAAUAUAAUAACAUAUUAUAGAACGCACAAAAAUGAAAUUUAUCGAAAUUUUUCUACACCAAGAGGACUAGCUUUAAUUAUAAAUAAUUAUCAAUUUAUAAAUAAGCAAAAUAGGGAAGGAACACAAGUUGAUGAAUUUAGUUUAUGUAAUCUUUUUAAACAACUUGGAUAUAAAAUAAUUUGUGAAAGAGAUUUAACUGCUCGGCAAAUGUGGAUUGCAAUUCAAAAAUUUGCUGAAAGAGAGGAACAUUUACAAUGUGAUAGUGCUAUUGUGGUUGUAAUGAGCCAUGGAGUGUUUGAUCAUUUAUUAGGCACUGAUGAAAUGCCUGUCAAUUUCCAUUCUUUCGUGUCGUGUCUUAACUCAAAAAAUGCACCUAAAUUAAUAGGAAAACCAAAAAUAUUCAGUCCAGGCAUGUAG